AUUGGUAGCACUUAUAGUACAAUAAAUUGCCGGCAUGUUGGCGUUACAAUGUUGAGAGUCGUUUCUUGUAGACUUCGGUUAUGUGUGCAUUAACAGUUGUAAAGCGUAGAAAAUACUCAAUAUACUUACCCAUACAGUAAAUAAUGUUCUAAUUGUUUUUUAUUCUGCUAUUAUUGAACUGAUAGUUAAAAUGGAGGACUCUUUUGUUUUCGCUAGUGUUUUAAGUGAAGAUGAAUGGCAAUCAGUUCCCGAGGAAGUUGGUAAAAAAAUUAUUAAGUUCGUUAGCGAUAAUGUUGAUAGCUUGAUAAAAUCAAAAGCAUUGUUGGAAACAAAAUGCUAUAACUUAGAAAAGAAUUUGUCUGAUGGAGAACUUGAAGUAGAACGAUCCAAGUUGGAGUGUCAAUCAUUGAAAGCUAAAGUUGAUUUAGCAGCAAACACAAUUAAGGAACAUGAAAAUCGACUUUCAAACUUAACUGAAGAAGUUAAUAAGUUACAUACACAUUGCAAUACAUUGGAAGCUGAAGCAUCUGAAUAUAGACACCAACGUAACCAAGCAGUUGAUGAGAAAGAUGAGCAUUUAAGAAUGAUAAACAGGCGCAAUGCAGAAAUAGAGAGGCUUCAAACUGAUUUGAAUGCAUUGGCAAAACAAUUGGAAACUGCAGUGAAUGCCAAAUGUGAAGCUCUAGCUCAGAUUGAUGAAGUAGCCUCACUAAAAUUGAACAUUGAGUAUCGUGAGAAAAGGAUAGAACAAGAAAGAGUACUGCUAUCCAGUCAAGUUGAAAGUUUAACACAAGAAGUUAAUAAAAGGACAGAAGAACUUCUUGAUAUGAGAAGAGAUAACACAUCAUUGUGCAUACAACUAGAAACCAAAUUAUCUCAGAAGACUCAAGAAUUAACAGUGGCUACAGAACAGAUCAAAUCUCUCACUGAUCUCAAUACUGACCUUACAAAUAAAAUUGAUGAACUUUCGCAAAAGAUGAUCAAUCAAAGAGAGUUGGAUACUAAGAUGAACGAGUCAUAUGUUUAUGAAAUUGAAGCUAAAACUAAAAUGGCCAAUGCUUACAAAAAUAUGUAUGAAGAAGGGCAACAGCAUACUGAUGAACUUAAAGAAGCUCUGUCAGAGGUGCAACAACUUUUAAAAACUGCUACUGAUCAAUAUGGUCAAUUAGAAACUAAAUACAAGGAAUCUGAAUUAGCAAACGAGGAAAUAAUAUUGAAAAAGAAUGAAUAUAUUGAAUUAUUGAAAAAAGAACUUGAAUCUGCUAAUGAAAUUCUUGAGAAUUCCAAAAAUGGACUUGAUGGUGAUGGUAUGCUGUCACCUAACGCUUCUAUAUCAAAGAUGUCAAAAGUAGGCAUGUCUUAUUCUGAAUUGUAUUCGCGGUAUGUCACUGUAUCAGAUAAAUUAGCAAAUAAAGAGGAAGAAUGUGCUCGACUCGAAAAUUAUAUUGAAACAAUCAUCAAGGAGAUGGAAGGAAAUUUUCCUAAAUUAAGAAAAUUGCACGAGGAAUAUAGCGAGAGCUUAAAUGCCAUAGAUUCCUUAAAAGAAUCCAACGAGCAAUUAUUAAAUGAAGUCCAACAACUUCGCGACGCCAACACAAACUGUAAAAAAGCUGAAGGAAUACAAAGCAGAGAAAAUGAAAGAUUAAAAAAAGAAGUAUCCGAUUUAUCAAGGCAAGUCGUUGUUUUACUACAGGAAAUCGAAAAUUCCCGAGUUGGAUCGUCCUCAACGUCCACAGAUAACGAUUUAAGUGAUAGCGUUAAUUCAGCCGAUAUUAUUAGCAAAAAAUUAGUAACAUUCAAUGAUAUAACUGAACUACAAGCCAAUAAUCUUAAAUUGUUGGUGUUAGUUAGAGAAUUAUCCGAACGACAAGAAGAAGUCGAGAAUCUCGAUCCUGCAGCUAUUGCCGCUCUAAAAACGAAACUAGAUGAUUUGGCUCAAUCACAUAACGAAUUACUCGAAGAACAUGACAAACAAAUUAAAAUGAUGGCCACUUUACGUAAUCAAAAAGAUAUGUACAAGAACUUGUACAUGCAAGUCGUCAAAACGACUGGAGAAGAAAUUAACGUGAUGGACACAUCAGAGACUGGGGACAUUAAAAUCCGCACCGGAACGGAAGUACAACUUGAAGAGAAAGUUAAAGAAUAUGAAGCACAAGUUGAUAAAUUAACUAAGCAAGUUGACCACUUAAGAGAAGAAAAUGAAACUUACCGUAAAGAAAAAACAGCCAACGAAAAAAUCCUACUCGAACAAUUGGACAAUAUGCGAGCAGAAGUAAAGGAAAUUACCCGAUUAAAUUGCAAGUUAAGCUCGCACGCCGACUUGAAUGAAGAAAAAUUCAAAAUUUUAAACAACAACAUCGAAAUUUAUAAAAAACAGAUAACUGCUCUUGAAAAACAAAACAAAAUCUAUAGCGAAUCUAUAAUUAAACACGAACAAGCUGGUACUUAUUUGAAAAAUGAAACGCUUCAAUCCCAAACAAAACUAUCGCGAGCUGAAGUGAUGUUGGGUAAUUUAGAAAAAGAAAACGCACUAUUGAAAGACGCCGAACAGAGGCUGUUGAAAGAACGAGAAUCUCUAAAGAGAAAUUCGCACGAACAACAUCUCAUUAAAUCAAACAUAGAAUUAAUAAAAGCAACUUUGGAAAGAACGGACGCCGAAAGUAAAUUGAGAUUAGAAUCACGGCUUGAUGAAGCUCACAGAGAAUGCGCGGCUUUACGUAGACGUUUACAAGAAGAACAAGAUCAUUUUAGAGAACUAGCUGAACAAUUGACAACAAGCAAUAAAAAUAUACAAAAACGAAUGGAAGAAGAAAAGGAAAUAGCGGAAAAAUACCGAAAAGAAGUGGCAGAAGUUAGAGAAGAACUCAAAUUAAAAGUUUCUCAAAACGAGGAAUUGAGUAAGAAAUUGAAGAGCGGAAUGUUUACGGUACCCGAUAGUAGCGCCGAAACCCGUAAAGUUAGAGAAUUGGAACAACAAAUAGCCGAUCUACAAGCCGAAAUAGAAUCUUUGAAGAAGAAAUUGAAAACUGCUAAAGACGCUUCAGAAGAAUAUUUCAAUAUAGCCGAAGCAUCGGAAAAACAAGCGAAAGAAGCCGUGGACAAUAACGAAUUGUUAACACAAGAAAUAGACAAACAUAAAUCUCGAAUUAAAGAAUUGGAAGAAAAAUGCGCCGAAUUGGAAGGCGAACUCUCCAUUCAGUUAGACGAUCAAGACAUUUCAAACGCUAAUAUUAAAAGUAAAUCGACUCAAUUACAAGAAGAACUUAAUAUUAGAAAUAUGGAUUUGAAGACUGCUAAAGAGCAAUUGGAAAAUGCUAGAUCUGAAAAUAAACAGUUGAUUGAACAACUUAAAGCCGCCGAAAAUAAAUACGCUCGAGAAGUUACUUUACAUUCUGUAGAUCUUGAAGCUCUUACUAACAUGAAAGAACAAUUAAAUAAAACACUGGAUGACUUAAAUGUCACCCAAGUCGAGAAGCAGAAUGCCAUUGUGGCUUUAGAUCAAUCAAAAGUGGAUUGGGAAAGGCGGGAAGAAUUGUUUAAAAAGGAAAAACAAGAACUCGAAACUCGAUUUGCCGAUAUGGAUUCACAAAAUAGCUUGUUACACGAUCAAAUACAAGCUCUAAACAUACAACUAGUUACUUUACAAUCUUUAGUUACAGAACCACAAAACGUAUCAAUGGGCGACAGUUCCUUCAGCAAAUCCUUUACUGAAGAUGAAGUAAAAUCUUCGGAACAACUAUUAAAAAUUAUCAAAUAUUUAAGACAAGAAAAGGAUAUUGCUGUUAGUAAAGCCGAUAUCGUCGAAGCCGAACAUUCAAGACUCAAAUCACAAUUAGAAAUGUUAAAUAAGGAAUUAGAAGACGCUAAAAUAACAAUCGAAUCUGAAAGACAAAAAACAGAAAUAUCCGUUAUAUCAGCGGCUAAACACGCCGAAGUUUUGCGAAAAUUAGAAACGCUCAACGCCAUUACAGACAGCAAUAGAACUUUGAGACAGGAAAGGGAUACAUUGGUUGCUCAGAUCACCGAAUUGCGCAUCAAAUCUGAUAGGUUCGAAACGGAAGUGGAACCGUUGCAAGACAAGAAUAGAGAAUUAACAACGAAAGCGGAUCAAUUACAAAGCGAAAAUAUAUCAUUACGUGCUGAAUGUACGAGAUGGAGACAAAGAGCUAAUAUGCUUAUAGAAAAAACUAAUCGGACCAGUCCCGAGGAUUGGAAGAAAUUGCAAACGGAACGCGAAACUCUCGCGAAACAAUUGACCAUCGAGAGGGCUAACGUCACUAGAAUGAAUGAAGAAAUAAACAAUUUGAAGCAAGAUAAGAGUAAAUUGGAAGAGCAAUUGAAGAAUAUGAAAAUUCAGAAUAAUCAACAUCAGGAAGAGAUAGCAAGGUUACGUGAGGAUGUAUCCAAUCUGCAAGCUCAAGUUACCCAGUUAACAAGUACUGUUGAUCAACAAAGUGCUGAAAUUAUUAAGUUUAGAGAAGAAAAUCGGGUACUCACCGAAGAUACCGCUGGUAAAGAUGUGACAAUAUCCGAUUUGAAAAACAAUCUUGCCCAAAUUAGGAAAAUUGCUAAAAAGUAUAAAAUACAAUAUGAAGAGCAAAGUAAAGAAUUAGAAACAGUAAAACAACAGAAUCAGCAAUAUAAGUCGGAACAAUCUUCCAAUGCUGAUAAACAAGCUAUGCUUCAAAACCAGUGUUCAGAAUUGGAAGAGAAAGUCCAUCAAUUGGAAAUAAGUCACAGAGAACAAGUGGAGAAUAUGAAUCGUGAAAUUACUUCGACAACAGAUCAAAUCGAUCAUUUCAAGAAAGAAAUAGAAAACCUUAAACAAACAAGUCAAGAUAAAGAGGAGAGAUUCAAAACUUUAUUCAAAAACGCUAAAGAGAGAAUAGUAAGUUUGACUGAACAGAACAACAAUCUCAAAGAGGAGGUUAGAAGACAAGAUAGUUCAUCAAAAAGUGACGGUGGAGAACAGUCAAAUCAAGAUUCCACUAAAAUAGCUGAAUAUCUGGAGAAAAUAUCAGCUUUAGAGCGAGAAAGAGAUGAUAUUCUAGAAGAAAAGCAACAAGAACAUGAAAAACAUACAACAGAGGUAGAAAACUUGAAUCAAAGAAUUUUGCAGUUGCAAAGGCAACUGGGUCUUCAACAGGGAUCUAAACCAAGCACAAGCUCAAGUACUACUGAAAAGUCCCCUACGGAACGACCUACUGCUGACAUAAAACCAAUGGCAGGUCAUUCUACGAAUACUCAAACUCAAUCUGUUCCAAUCCAACCAUGGAGAAGUGGCGGCGAACCUCCGUUGGCAAGUAUUAGACCAAUGUCUGCACAAUUGAGAACUGUCGCAGUACUGCCCACUAGUCAGAGCCCUAGUGCCAUUAUACCACCCCAACAACAGGUCCAUACUACUGGAUCUAGUUCUAUAGAAGCGUUAUCAAGCAGUCCAACCAGUUCCCAUACGGAAUAUGUACCCGCCACUAGUUCAGCAACUCCUACCAUGCUAGGUCCACGUCAAGUAGUAGUACCGCCCACUCAAUCCUCGCAAGAUACCGAAGAUGAUGAAAAUAGCGUCAGUCAACAGGUCCAGGCAGCUCCCCAAGCUCAGGCCGUUGCUCUCGUCCUUCCAAGAGUGGAACCUCCUAGUAGUGGACCGACCCAAGAGCAGGGUACCAGUAGUAGCAGCUCUAAUACAGUCACGACGACUCAGGCUGGGCAUAAGAGACAAAGGGAAGCUGAUAUGGAUAGUUGUCAGUCAGAUGAUCCAAAUAAAACGCAACAGCAGACAAAGCGGACGAGGGUUCAGCAGGCGGGUACUGUAAGUGACAGUUGUUUGGAGGUAGAGUAUCAAGUUCCCACAAGUAGUCAAAGGGAUCAUGAUGAUGAUAAUGUGAUAGUAGUAGAAAGUGAUGAAGAAGGUGGUGCCGACGAAGGCGAGGGCGCUGACGAUGAGCAAGACGAUCCUGACACUGAAGGAUAUGACAUGGAAGGAAUGGAACAAGAUAAUUAUGGAGACGCGGAUUGCCAAGAUGUAGAGGAUGACGAAGAAGAAGGAGGUAAUGAAGUAGAAGUGAUUGAUGAUUCUAGUGAAGUACCCAAUCAGAGCGAAAGAUCCGAACAGAUUAACGAAGAAGAAGAAAAUUCCGAACAACCACAAUCAGAGGCUAUUAGUAGCGGAACUGACGGCUCAAACACUAGCAGCUAUAACGCUACAAUAUCUCAAGUAUCGACAUCUGUUUCAAUGACAGUGCCGUCUCUUUCACGCACCAGACCCAUCCCACCAUUGUCGUCUAGACAAAAUCAUUUUAUUCUACAGCACGGUCUCGAAGAUAUAGGAGAUGAUGGGAUCGUUCCAUCCACUCCGACCUUAUAUGUACCUCGACGGUCGGAUGGAUUUGGCGAAGCUGUUAGUUCACCUCAUGUGCCGACCAGCGGAAGGUUCACGUUUAACGAUCAAACUAACGCCGCCGGGUCGAAUAACGUGGAAACCGUUCCAGAACAGACCCUAAUGGAAUCUAACAACUUGGAAGAAGAUAGUACGGGUAGAAGCGUCCCAACUACGCCAUUACAGUCUUCACCACAGGAAGGUAUUCCUGGAAAUGAAGAACAAAAUACAACACAAAUGGCUGAAUCAGGAGCUGAAAUUCCUACAAUAAAUAUUAGCGCAGAAGCGGAUAAUAAUGAAACGGUAGGCGAGGGUAGUUCAGCGGAUAUGGGCCCUCCAGCUGAUGGUGCAGCUCAGAUAGAACAAAAUGAAGCAAUGCUGGAGGGUGAUGAUGGUGUAAGCUCUGAAGGGGAGAAACCUCCUGUUACCGAAGAAGAUGAAGAAGAAGGUCGCGAAGCUGAAGCUUCUCCUAGUACGAAUUCUAGAGGAAUAGUAAGAGGAACAAAUUCAGCUCGAAGAUCUAUGCGGUCUUCGCUACCGAGAGGCACUCAAUCCAGAGGUAGUCCUAUUCCUAUAGUUUGGGGGGAUCGAUCUCCGCAAAGGCAUCAACAUAAUCAAGAUAGAAAUAGAGGGUCGCCAUCUGGUAAUUUCCAAUCAAGGACUGUAGCUAGAAGAGCACGUGGUCGCAAUCAACGACCUUUUGGUGGACGCUUUUGAAAACUAGAUCAAUCUCCAUUCCAUGAAUAUUUUUUGUUAAAAUUUUAGAAUUUCAUUGAAAAUAUGCAUGAAAUUUUUAUGAUUUGUUUAUUUACAGUUUUGACUGACUUCAUGCAAACAAAGAAUGUAGACAUUUAUAAUAAAUGUGCUUUAUAACACA